UACAACAGUGUAACGUUAGAUCUGCCCCGGCUGUGUCUGUGAGAGACGAGUGCGGGAAAGGGAAGGACUGCUGAGUGCUGUGUUGAUGGAGCCAAGAGGUCGGAACCGGGGGUCUGGCAGGGGAGGUGGGAGAGGUGGGAGAGGUGGCUGGAGGCGAAAUGCAGGGGACAAGCAGUACCGAGAUCACCGCGGCGGCGAGGGCAGUGAAACCGGAGCACCUGAACACCGUGGCAGAGGGAGGGGUGGCGCUCACCGUGGAAGGGGAAGACAGGAGCAUCGCGGGCGGGGGCACCCAUCACCUCGUGGGAGGAUAAGUGAAAAGGAGGUUGAGGAAGAGGUGGAUGUGAAACACAGUGAUGAUGAAGAUUUUGGGCCCAGCGCCUCUUCGCGGAGGAAGCUAGUUUCGAACUGGGACCGCUAUGAGGCAGCUGAGAAGGAGGGGAUUGGUGAGAGUGGACAGUCACAGCGAGGAGAAGACUUCAGUGUCCUCCUCAGCUCUGCAGGUGAUUCUUUCACUCAGUUUCGAUUUGCUGAAGAAAAAGAAUGGGAGAUUGAUAUCUCAGCUAACAAUCAGAUGCCGGCUCUGCACGUUGACUGCCAGUCCUUGGCCCAGUCCCUUCAAGAGCUCCCUCUUCACCUGAGGUUGAACCUGGAGGCUGAACUGGUCCAGGUAACAACCCCUGUGGAACUGCCCCCAGUGAUGAUUAACAGCAAGAAGGAAGGCGUGACUGUCGCUCAGUUCAGAGGUCCCUCAGCUGGGAAGUCAGAGUCCUUCGUGUCUUCUGCUUCCCCCUUUACCAGUUCUGUAUCCUUCGCUGACCCGCUGUGCUCCACUGCACCCCGGCCAGCAGCAGAUGAGCUGGAUGAAGAACUCGACGUGCUUCUUACUUUAGAAGACCCAGUUCAGAUCGCUAAAAACAGCGUUCUGCCAGAAACUACAGCCCAAGACAUGGAAACUGUGGACAUCAUCACUGCUGCUGCUGCAGAUCCAGUGUCAGAGCAUGGCAAGGAAGCCUCUUCAGCAGACACGACCAUGAAGAAAGAAAUCACUGAGGAUGAGCUGGAGGACUGGCUGGACAGCAUGAUAUCCUGAUGCUUACCAGGCAGGGCUGUCAGUCUCAACCAUAUCAAACAGCCAAGUGCCAAGGCGAGGACUAGCAUGCCCAUCCCAAAGCACUUCAGUGCCCAUUGCAUAAAGAUCUGGCUGCACGAAUAUGCCCUUGCCUUUUUUGUUCUUUCAGUUCCACAGUUGCUUGGUGACAGGUGAUGCUUCCCAAUGCCUAAGCGUACAGGACCUAAAACUUUUGAAGAACAAAAUGCUUUAAAAUGUGACAAAGGCAAUAUUUCUCUUUAGUUUUAACUGGGUUUUGCAAUACAGGGGUGUUGCUAUAUCCUCUGUGUCAAGGCUGGAGACUCUAGCUUUAUCAGCUCCCUCUGUGUUCAGUGCCCUAUCCAGGGGUCAGGAUCAUGGGACUGUCGGGUUCGUGGGUCAUAACACAGAGCCAUUGAAUUUAAUGCCGCCAGCUACCCGCUAGCCAUAAAAGCAAUCGCUUUUAAUGACAGCUAUUAAACAGGAACCAGGCCAUGGAUUAAAUGGUUGCUGCAUUCUGCUUGUAAAAGGUGACAGGACUGUGUGUCAUUCAGCCUUGCCCAAAGCACAUGCACUACAGAAUCUCAAAUUGUACCUGUAAAACUGUGUUUUGCUUUAUUGAUCUAUAAUUAAAGCAUGGACUGAAUGGUA